AGUUCACAUAUGCAAACAACUGUAUGUAUAAAACAAAUAUUUCAAUAUAAACUCUAUAUUUUAUUUCCAGAUAUUUUAAUCAAAUCCGUUUGAAGGACCAAAUUAGCCACCAAAUUAGGACCAAAUGAUCAGUAUUAUAAGAUUUGGCAUCUUUCAAAUCAUCUUUAGAUGUAUUAAGUGAGGUAUGAAGAACAGCUCCCUGUACAAUGUCCUUACUAGUUGGUUGUCAUAAUAUUUCACUAUGGAAGUGUGAACUUGGCUCUCAGAAGCAGUUACAGUCACACAUACCGGGGUGGGGGAUGGUUGUCUUCUGACUGGGGAGGGUGGACUCCUGCCAAGUUUAAGACCACACACACACACACACACACACACAGGAGAGAUUUAAAAAAAAAAAAAAAGAAAAAAAAAAGAAGAUAAUUGGCCAGAUUAGGUCUUGUCAUCAUGUGCCUCGGCGAUAUCUUCUGAUUGGACUCCUGCCAACUUUAAGACCAGUGACACCAUCUCACUAGACCACUCUGCAACAACUACAAGUCAGCUUAUUUUCUGAGGAUGGCAACACCAAGUCCAUACACACGGCCAGCACCCAUCCGUUGCAAGUGUGUGGCAAAUAGGACCACUAAGAAAGCUGUCUCUUACAAUCAUGACGGGGAAAAAAUAAAAAUAGAAUCAUUUAAUGUCAAAACAGUUAGUGCCCUAUCCGAUGGCACAAACAUAUACACAUCAACAAGUCUUGGAAGAUUUUCAGAAUUUGAGGAAGGGGUGACGCAUUUUCUAAAAAAUGUCACCGUUAAUACCAAGUAUGGCCGCCAAAAUUUAUACUUUGGUCGGACAUCAAGCAAAUUCAGGGCAGCACCCCUUGCCUUGUCGGAUGCAGCCGAAAAGGCUGCAAAAGACAUCCUCUGUCCACCAUCCCAUCCCAUCACUGGAGAAGAGGCAGACAUCUUUUCUAGGGGGGAUUACUUGAGCAUCCAAGGCCAAGUUGAGAAAAUACAACCGGUGAGAAUGACAAUGGUCCAGGAGGGCCGUGUCCCCAUCUUGGACCUGCGCCUUCGAUGUGGCCAGAAGGUCCUGGAGGUUUCACUUUGGCGUGAUGAGGCCUUGACUGAGCUCUACGUUGGAGAUGAGGUGGAGCUCACACACCUUAAGGCACUCCUUAAGGAAAAUGGAAAAGGGAAACAUAACUCCUCAACAUAUACAUCCAUACAGAUUGCUGAGAGAAAGCUAGUCACUGCUGUGGUGGAGAUUGUGGGCGUCUCCAAUGUGGAAGACAGACUCACUCUGCUGAGCAGCGACUUCGAGGAGUUUUCAGUCCCGCCCGACCUCUACCAUGGCAGUUUGGAGGACCUCAUCGAAAGCCUGCCUGUAAAAUUAGACAUUACGCACAUUCAUCAGCGUGUUGUAGAUAUUUCUGUUGUUAAUCCUUAAAUCAGUUAAUUUAUUACUAGGUUUAGUUUACAUUUAGUGAAUAUAGCUUACUAGUUCGGUUAGUUUUAG